AUGGCGUUCGCCGCCCUCUUCGCCGACUCGCUCUUCUGCUCCGAGGAGCGCCUCGACGACCUGUUCCAAGAACCGGCCCAGGACGACGACUGGCCAGAGCCGCCGGCGCAGCAGCAGCCGGCGCUCGACGACGAGCUGCCGGCGCUGUUCGAGGCGUACAGGCGCAAGGAGGAGCCGCUGCCGGACCACGGCGAGCGGUACGGCGGCAAUGCCGGCCGGGAGGCGGCGGUCGGCUGGGCCACGCGCGCCGCCGCCAGGCUCGGCUUCUCCGCCCUCACCGCCGCGCUCGCCACCGCCUACCUCGACCGCUGCUUCCUGGGCGCGGGCGGCGCCGGCGGCGGCGCGAUGCGGCUCGGGGACCAGCCCUGGAAGGCGCGCCUCGCCGCCGUCGCCUGCGUCGCGCUCGCCGCCAAGGUCGAGGAGACGCGCGUGCCGCUGCUCCUCGACCUCCAGCUCCUCGCCGCCGGGCCCGACCCCGACGCCGGCGCCGCCGCCUACGUGUUCGACUCCGACACCAUGUACCGGAUGGAGGCCAUCGUGCUCAACGAGCUCGCGUGGCGCAUGCACCCCGUCACGCCAUUCUCCUUCCUCCACCCCGUCCUCGCCGCCGCCCGCCUGCGCCACUGCGAGGCCCUCCUGCUCGCCGCGAUGACAGACUGGAGGUGGCCUCGGCACCGCCCCUCGGCGUGGGCGGCCGCGGCAUUGUGCGUCACGGCCGCCUUCGGCACCGGCGACGGCGACGCCGACCUCCUGGCGCUCAUCAACGCCCCCGAGGACGAGGUGGCGGAAUGCGCCAAGAUCCUCACCGGGGAGGCGGGCUUCGUGCUCGACAAUAAGCGCAAGCGCGCGCCGGCGGGGCUGCACUCGCCGCCGCUCAGCCCGAUCGGCGUCAUCGGCUCGGCGGCCUACUUCAGCCGCGAGAGCUCCACCAGCAGCGCGGACGCGGUCACCACCGCGUGGCCAGGGUGCGUCUCCGUGUCGUCGUCCCCGGAUCCCGCCGCCCGGCCGCUCAAGCGCGCUACCGCCAUGGCGAUGAUUCCACCCGACGAGGAGAGCCGCGACGCCUGGCCCUAG